AGUAUGACGGCUAAUUCGGGAGACGGAGUGGGUUAUGACUUGUGCGCUGUUUGGCGGAGCGCACGUUCAAAUGGAGACGGUCACACGGGAACCCGCGAAAUGUACCGGCACUCUCCCCUCUCUAUUUUGUUCUCCCACUAGGACAGCUCCCCACGAUGUCGCUCACCGAGCAGAAGACUAUGGACCACGCAGGCUCCCUGAACAAGGAAGAGCGAGUUGCAGAGAUCGAGGACACACGAGGAGUUGCGGCGGCCGCGGAGAAAGCACUGGAGGAGAAGAGGCUCGUCAGGAAACUCGACAUGCGCAUUAUGCCAAUAGCGUGCAUACUCUACCUCUUUGCAUAUUUGGACCGAAGCAACCUUGGGAAUGCUCGUCUGCAAGGGCUGCCACAGGACACGCUGGGAGGCGAUCCCACGGGGAAUCUGUACGGCUGCUUCGCCAUAGGCUGGGGGGCCUGCUCGUCUCUAUCGGCCGCCGCGUUCAACUUCGCAGGCCUCGUCUGUGCCCGUCUCGGGCUCGGAGUAUUCGAAGCAGGUUUCGGCCCCGGGAUCCCCCUCUACAUGUCACUUUUCUACACAAAGGAGGAGAUGGGCUUGCGCAUGGCUUACUGGUUCGGCUUCGCGGCGGUCGCAGGCGCAUUCGGCGGCCUCAUCGCGUUCGGCAGCCUUGCAAUUGAGCGGAUGAACAGGGGAAUCUCCGGAGAUCUGGGCAGAGUAGUGAAGAAAAAGCAUGUAUUGGCUGCAUUCCUGGAUUGGCGGAUCUACGCCGUCGGUGUGAUAUACUUUGGAGCGAACUGCGCUCUUGCAUCCAUCUCUGCUUUCUUGCCUACAAUCAUAGCCACCUUUGGGUACACCAAUGCCAUCGCGCAGAUCCUCACCGUCCCGCCUUACGCAGUAGCGGCGGUCUUCCUAUGCCUGAACUCCUAUGUAUCCGAUCGAAUCAGAGGGGCUUGGCUACAUGUCGUCCGCAUAUCUUCCCCAUGUUUGUCUCCCAGCAAGAGUUCUCGCAAACUUGGGAUCGGAGACGAAGAGAGCGACGGGAUCCCGAUGUACAUGGCGAUCGGCCAGUGCGGGAGUAUACUGGGGUCGAAGAUCUACCCACGACGACGGGCCGCGGUACAUCUGUCGACAACAGUGUCUUGCGCCCUGCUCUUCCUCUCCUCCCUGGUGGCUCUGGUCCUAUCGGUACGUUGUCGUCGGAAAGCGAGAACGCUCACCUAAUUCAUUCAUUUGCGUAGCUCUCCUACCGCGUAGACAACAGACGACGAGACAAGCUAUAUGGCAAGCCGGAGCCAGACGCAACGGUGGACGUGUCCGAGCUAGCUGAUGCUGCCCCGAAUUUCCGUUACGUUGUUUGAACGAAAUUGACGAACAGUGUACGAGUCCCGACAUUGGAUGUAACGACGUAUUGUACGCUUUAUCAGAAGUAUAAAUUUGUUAUUGCGCAGAGACCUUCACCCAGGUCCCAAAUCGACUAGACGUUACCAUGAGGGAUCCGAGUCGAGGGAUCAGUCAAUUUCUGUCUUUCCGUUUCGAGUCCCAAGCGCCCAUAGGAGACGCCCCCCC